GCACACCCAAAGCAAACUCUCCUGAGAGAAAGAGAGGAUUUGACAUCUCUGGUGUUUAGAGAGAUCCUACAAUGGAGAAAGGGGCGAAUUCACGGGCAUCCUCCGGACAUUCAUACGAUGUUUUCCUAAGUUUUCGAGGGCCAGACACUCGUCACAAAUUCACUGAUUGUCUUUACCACGAUAUGACGGAGGCCGGGAUCCUCGUCUAUAGGGACACUGAAUCCCUCCCUGUGGGUGAAAAAAUUAGCGCGCUUCUACCAGCAAUUGAGAAUUCCAAGAUCUACAUUCCCAUAUUCUCCACAACUUAUGCUUCAAGUCCCUGGUGCCUCCGGGAGCUCGCACACAUGGUCGACUGCACCUUGAAAUCGAAUGAGAACAAGAAGAUUCUACCCAUUUUCUUGGAUGUGGAACCUGAUGACGUCAAGCUCAGGCCAAACGAACUCAAACCAAACUUAUACAUCCAAGCACUUUUGGAGCACCAGAAGCAGGAGAAGUUCAGCACUGAAGUAGAGUCAUGGGAAAAGGCUCUCAUUGAGGUGGGCAAGAUAAGGGGAUGGAACUGGCAGGAGCAUGAAGGCCAAGGAGUUCUGAUACGAUCAGUUUUUCACACUGUUUUGGUUGAGCUCAAGGUCUUGUAUGAAAAAGUGACCAAAGAUCUAGUUGGAGUUGAAGAUCGUGUAGAAGCUAUAAUCCAAGAGUUGGAUCUGAAAUCUGAUAAAGUACGGUUUCUGGGAAUCCACGGAAUAGGAGGUGUCGGGAAAACAACACUUGCCAAGGUUGUUUUCAACCGACUACUUUCUAGCUUUCACGGAUGUUGUUUCCUCGCAGACGUUGGUGAAUCAUCACGACGCAAUGGUGUGGUACAUUUGCAAAAGCAAUUGUUAUCCAAGCUCCUUGGUUCUCGUUCUGUCAGCCAAAUUCUUGGCGAAAAUGAUGCAAUCAACAUGAUGGAGAGAGGAGUACUCAGAAAUAAAAAAUUUCUCAUAGUUCUCGAUAACGUGGAUGAGAAAAAGCAACUAAGAAAUCUAGCAGAGAAAGGUGAUUGGUUUGGUUCCGGUAGUAGGAUUAUCAUAACUAUUAGGGACCAAAGUCUCCUAAAGAUUGAGGAAGAAGCAACAGAAUUUUCGACAUACGAAGUACGGGAGAUGAAAUUUGAUCAUGCUCUCAAGCUUUUCAGUAGGCAUGCCUUUAGAAGUGACUUUCCGCCGAGUCAUCGUGUCUCCUGGUCAGAAACAAUUGUCCAUAUUUUGGGAAUGCUUCCUUUAGCUCUUGAGGUAACUGGUUCGUCCCUUAAUGGUAAAUCACAAAAAAUAUGGGGAGACACAUUGAAGAAGCUACAAAUUGCUCCUCCCAAGGAAGUUCAAGAUACAUUGAUGAUAACUUAUGAAAUGUUAGAUACUGAACAAAGGCAUGUAUUUCUGGAUAUAGCUUGUUUUUUUGUUAACAUGGAUAAAACAUACCCACUCUACAUGUGGGAUGACUGUGAAUACUACCCACAUAAUGCCAUUGAAGUCCUCUUUCUCAUGUCCUUUGUAAAAGUCAAAGAUGACAAUACUUUUUGGAUGCACGAUCAAGUGCGGGACCUCGGAAGGGGAAUCGUCCGUCGAGAGGAUACCGAACAUCCCUACAAGCGUAGCAGAGUGUGGAAACACGAGGAAGCCAUAAGAAUCCUGAAGCGGAAAGAGGGGAGUAGUACAAUGAAAGCAUUGUCACUGGGACAUCAUGAAGACAAACUAACACGUGAUGAAUUUGAUAAUUACCCAGACCUGAGGUUCUUUCAAGGUGAUGGGGUGUUCCUUGUUGGAGAUUUCAAUAAUCUUCUCCCCAGUUUAAGAUGGCUUUCCUGGCAAAAUUGCCCUUGCAAGUCUGAGGAGUUUGUGGCAAACUUUCCUUGGACUGAGUUACUCGUUCUUGACCUUUCAUGCAGCGAUAUUACAGAUGAAUGGGUUGGCUGGAGCCAAAUCAAAGCGGCAAGUAAACUGAAAGCACUAGAUCUCAGCAAGUGCAAAUACUUGACGAGAAUGCCUGAUUUAUCUACGUUGGAGUCCUUGGAGAGAUUGAAUCUUGAAGGCUGUCACAACUUAAUUGAAAUUGACCCAUCCAUUGGUAAAUUACAGUGCCUAACUGCUUUGAACUUGAAUGGAUGUCAAUCUCUUCAAGAGUUGCCUGAAGUAAUAGGAUGUCUAAAAGCUUUGACAGAGAUUGUCAUGCCCGAUACGCCGGAUAAAUUUAGACUUCCGGAGACGUUUGGUAAUUUGAAGUCAUUGUUGACCUUGGAUGUAUCACAUAGGCAGAUCAGCAAAUUGCCAUACUCAAUUGGAGGGCUGGAUGAACUUAGACGGUUGAGUUUAUAUCAAUGUACAAAGAUAAAGGAACUUCCAGAAUCGGUUGGAAAACUAAAAUCGCUAGUCGAGUUGGAUUUGUCAUGGACAAGUAUUUUCCACCUACCUGAUUCCAUCGGCAAUCUAAAGCAAUUGAAAGUACUUCGGAUGAGCCACAUAUCUGGGAUGACAAAAUUACCAAGUGUGAUUGGGAAGGUGGAGAAGCUUGAAGAGUUAGAUGCUAGCAAUUGUUGGAAUUUGAUCGGUGAAGUCCCUGAAGAAAUUGGAAGCCUAUCCUAUUUGAGGAUCCUAAACUUGUCGGAUACACGUAUAUCUGGAUUACCUAAUUCAAUCGGCAGCCUAAAGCAACUGAAAGUACUUAGGAUAAGCCACAUGAGGGGGAUAACAAGGUUACCAAAGGCAAUCGGGCUAGCGGAGAAGCUUGAAGAGUUAGAUGCUAGAGGAUGUCGCAACUUGACUGGCGAAAUCCCUGAAGAAAUUGGUAAAUUAUCCUAUUUGAGGAUCCUAGACUUGUCAGACACUCGUAUAUCUGGAUUACCCACCACUGUGAGUGGCCUCUCUAAUCUCCAAACACUUAAUUUGGAACUAUGUCUUGAGCUUGAAAAGUUGCCAGAGCUUCCCCGAAAUUUGACUUGUCUGAGAGGUGCCACUAAUAGACAUGGCAUAUGUGCUGGAGAGUAUCACUGCUCUUCCCACUAGCAUCGGUGCCCUAUCUUAGCUGAAAGCACUUAUAUUGUCCUGCAAAAGUGCGCAAUCACCUGAUUUUUCCAAUUUGAAAACCUUGUUAAUCUUGCGAUUCUAUAAUGGUUUGGCGUCGGAUUUCUCUGAUACAUUUGAUACGGAGUUUGAGGUCCUCCUGAUAAAGAGUAGUAUGUGGAAAAGCUCAGCACAUGACCUUGACCGAGAAUGACUUCGUCCUGGAAAUUUGAUUCGCCCAUGAAGCUCAAGCUCAGAAACGGUCACAGAGCAGUGCGAGUUUCACGGAGACGGGAGCCAUGGAGAAGGGAGAUAAGCAACAUCUUAGAAAUGUCGAAGGGGAAAAGAGACGUGAGGACUGAGGAGCAGUGCAAGCACGUGGAGCCAACCUAGGAGCAAUUAAUUGUCUUCUGCUGCGGAUUAGGCUAUGAAAAUAUUGAUGGCGGAAGAAGGAGGAGGCAACCGCUCAAAUAAUGCCAAAGCUUUGUCGAACUUUGAUCAGCUUUUGCACCUAGUUUCUGACAAUGAAGGUCUUUCAAUUUCAAUGUCUUUCAACUUCGGUAUUUGUCUCAAGUUUAAGAGUUCGGUUCACUAUGUGUCUUCUGAUUAUGAAUUUCUUGUUUUGUUUAGUGUUUCAAUUUGAGGGUCUGUA